AUGACGACAUUAGAAGCGCAAACGCGUAAUGCGAUCGAAGAAGUGCAUGGACAAGUGUUUGAAGUAGGCCCGAGAUAUGUAAAUCUUUCGUACAUUGGUGAAGGUGCUUAUGGAAUGGUUGUAUCUGCAUUAGAUGUUGAAACACGUGAACGAGUGGCAAUAAAAAAGAUUUCACCAUUCGAACAUCAAACAUUUUGUCAACGAACACUUCGCGAAAUCAAAAUUCUCACACGAUUCAAACAUGAAAAUAUUAUCAACAUACAAGAAAUAAUUCGGGCACCGAGUGUUGAGCAGAUGAAAGAUAUCUAUCUGGUUCAAUGUUUAAUGGAAACAGAUUUGUAUAAACUGCUAAAAACACAAAAACUAUCGAAUGAUCAUAUUUGCUAUUUUCUUUAUCAGAUUUUGCGUGGCCUCAAAUAUAUUCAUUCUGCUAAUGUAAUACAUCGUGAUCUCAAGCCGUCCAAUUUGCUCUUGAAUACCACUUGUGACCUCAAAAUUUGUGACUUUGGUUUAGCACGAGUGACCGAUCCAGGUCAUGAUCAUACUGGCUUCUUAACAGAAUACGUGGCUACCAGAUGGUAUCGUGCACCCGAGAUAAUGUUGAAUUCGAAAGGGUACACGAAAUCAAUUGAUGUUUGGUCAGUUGGAUGUAUUCUGGCUGAAAUGCUGAACAAUCGACCGCUGUUCCCCGGCAAGCAUUACCUGGACCAACUUAAUCUUAUCCUCGCCGUAAUCGGAUCACCAAGUCAAGAGGAUUUGCAGUGUAUCAUUAAUGAGAAGGCUCGUUCUUACUUGCUAUCAUUACCUCAUAAAGUCAAACAACCAUGGCUGAGAAUGUACCCAUCAGCUGAUCCACGUGCACUGGAUCUCCUUGAUAAGAUGUUGACGUUCAAUCCGAACAAACGAAUCAAUAUCGAGGACGCGCUCGCACAUCCUUAUCUCGAGCAAUAUUAUGACCCUAAUGAUGAGCCGGUCUGUGAAGAGCCAUUUACAUUAGAGAUGGAAUUGGAUGAUUUACCAAAAGAAACGUUAAAAGAAUUGAUAUUUCAAGAAACCGAAAGUCAUUACAAACGAAUGCAAGAAGCGAAAUUGCAGCAACAGCAACAGUUAACAGAAGCACCUCAGCAACAAUAG